CGGUGGAGAUCGGAGGUGAUAUGUGGAAAUAUUUAUUACUAAAGAUCCAGGAUGUUCAGUGAAUCGGUUCUGGUGUUGCUCCUGUCGUGGUUCUGGACAAACGAACCGACCGAACCUGUUGGACUUUUAUCGGUUCUGUGAUCAGAGAGACAUUCCAGGGGAGGAGACUGAAACCAGACUAUAAAACAGGAGGAAUUAAAAAGUUAAAAUAUUCACUACCAAGAAACCAACAGCUGCACAUCAUCCCAGAUCAACUGCCUGCAAGAGGACAAUAGCAAUGACCGGCCAUCAAUCAGCUGAACCAGCGGCCGACCUCAGAGUGGUUCUGGUGGGUCAGGAAAGAGUCGGGAAGAGCUCAGCAGGAAACACCAUCCUGAGAAAUAAGGAGUUUAACUCUGAAGACGGUGUCAAGCUGCUGACUCUGAGCAGUAAGAGGGCAGAAGGAGAGUUUAUGUCUCGUAGAGUCUCUGUGGUGGACACGCCCGGACUCUCCAGCUCUGUUCUUCCUCCAGAACAAGUGAAAGCUGAGAUCCAGAGAGCUGUGGAGCUGAGCUCUCCCGGUCCUCAUGUUUUUCUGCUCACCAUCAAGCUGGGAAGAUUCACUGAACAGAAAGAGACAGGACUGGAGAAGCUGCAGGAGAUUCUGGGUCCAGAGGUUUCCAACUACACCAUGAUCCUGUUCACACACAGCGACCGACUGGAACAAACAGGCAUCAAUAUUGAUCAGUUCAUACAAAAAGAUGGAAACUUGCAGAAAAUAGUGCAGAGCACCAGUGGGAUGUAUCACGUGUUCAGCAACAAGAAGAUGGAAAACAGGAAGCAGGUCCAGGAUCUGCUGGACAAAAUAGAUUCACUCUCAGAAGGAGGACGUCGAUUUUAUCAGAGCCAAAGUUCCCAGAUCACUUUCUUUAGAUGGACUCAGUCAUUGUGGUCAGACAGGAGAUUCAAACUUGGAGUUUUCUUUCUGUGCUGUUGGAUGUUGAGCAACAUCUAUAGUCGGCUGAGAAACGAAAAGAUAAAGUAAAAAGUUACUGGAGGAAGAAAGUUUCAUGGAAAAUGAUCAAUAUUCAUUACAAUCCAAACAUUUGUUUUGUUUGGCUGAGUUUAAAAUUAAUAAAUUGAUUCUUUCUGGUUUAUUGUCAUAGAUUUGAGUUUUAGAAUGUUGACAUAUCCCCAAUGUCCAUUUAGUCACAGAUUUGUCAAGGGAGCUUUUAUGCAUAUUUACAAUAUAAUUAUAAGAUAUUUAUAAUGUUCAAAUUGACAACUUAUGCCAUAUUUACAGGACUGACCCAAUUCCAGAUCAGUAUACUUACAGAGGCAAAUUUAAUUAAUUUAUAUUCUUUCCUGUUUUAAAUAAUAAAGUUACUUCAAACAAUAACUACUUAGUAAACAGUGAGAGACUUGAAUAACAUCCCAUUUAAAGUUAAAACGAAGGUUGUUUAAAUUAUUAUUGGUGUCCAAUUUAAUCAGAUUUUGUGUUUCACAGACAUUUGGUUGUUUGUCUUGUCUGAAUCCAAAAGUAGAAAAUUAAAAGCCAUGUGGGGGAUCGUUUGCUGGGGACUUCAGAUCAAGAACCCCUCACUCUCUUCCAUCAAAAUAUGACUCUAUUCUAUUCCCAUGACUAUUUUGUUUUGUUAUUAAAAAGCACUGUUGUCCAUGUUAUUCAGAUGUUGGUAAUUAUUCUGGCUAAGAGUGAAACUGGGUUCUAAGUUUCUGUGUUGAAGAACAAAAGCUCAGUAGCAGC